AUGUUGCUGGCGAGCAGCCGCGUGUUGGCGCAUUGUGAUGUGGUAGAUAUGGACUGUAACGCUGGCAGUAACGGUGGUGGCAGCAACACUAACGGCAGCAACACGCACGGCGGCGCCAGUGCAAACGGUGGUGGCCCCGGUGGUGGCGGCGGCAACAUAUUUAGUCGCCAGCUCUCGGCACCGGUCAGCAACGGGUACUCGUUGCUGCUCGCAAACGGCGUCUGUAACGCGUCCUCGUCGACCUCUUCGCUUCGUUGCGAUAAGGUGAACGGUAACGCCUCGACCGCCUCAACGAUCUUUCCAACCGCGAACGGUAGCAGCGGCGGCGGCGGUGGCGGGCCCGGUGGUUUCGUGUCCUUCCAACCACCGAUGAUAGUGCCGUCAGCUAGCUCCCUGAAAACCUCUUCCCUUACCUCAUCGGCCAUACUGUUUGGGGGCAGCAGCGGCAACAUCAGUGGCAGCUGUGGCGGCGGCGGCAACAGUAAGGCCAACAACGGCGGCAACAACACGCACAAGUGGAUCGGUUCGCUGUGUGAUGGUGCGACGACCAUCGGCUACAGCAGUGGCAUCGGUGGCGGCAGCAGCGGUAAACUGAACCAACAGCAGCAACACUUUCAACACUUUCAUCAACAACAGCAGCAACAGCAGCAGUUGCAGCUACUUCAGCACCCGGGAAAACACCACCAGCAACCUUCGGCCACCCAUCAACAGCAGCAGCAACAGCAACUGGCUCACCUGCAGCCACACCAUCAUCAUCAUCACCAUCAUCACCAGCAGCACCACGGUCAACACGGUGUGGCGAGCGGUGCCCCGAACAGCGGCAGCACCAACAUGCUGGACAGCCUAACCUUCCGGCUGUGCGAUGUCGACGGUGCAGUCAGCAGCACGAUGGCCAAUCAGAAUGGUGGUGCCUCCGGAGGUGGUGGAACGAAUGGGGCCACAAAUGGUGCCACGUCCGGUGGCACGAUGGUGGUGAUGCCCAUGGCUGGCGGUGGUAGCGGGAAGCAAGCACCGGUCCUGGGUGGAACUGGUAACGAGCGGCUCUCGUACUCCACGCACCAUCAGCAGCAGCAGCAGCAAAAGCUCCACCAGAUGCAGCAACAACAGCAGCAGCAGCAACAACAGCAACACAGUAGCAACAGUAGUAGCAGCAGCAACAAUAGCGUGGCUGUGGUGGGAAGCGACGUCCCGAUAAAUUAUAGCAAAAUGAAUCGAAUCAGCAAGAUGGUGGGCCUCGGGGAACAGCAGCAGCAGCAGCAGCAGCAGCAGCAGCAGCAGCAACUCCACAAACAGCAACAACAGCAGCAGAUACACCAUCUGCGCAGUGUGGUCGGUGGUAGCAGUGGCAAUGUGGCGGCCGUGAAGGCAGCCAACGAUCCUGGCGCGGCAGCGGCAGCCAGCUAUUGCAAGGUGACGCGGAUCGGCAACAUAACGCUGCUCGAUCCGGAAGAUCAGGUGAUGCAGAUGCAGACGCACGGUGUCGCCGCUGGCGGUAGCGGUAACGGCAACGGCGCACCCGGCAAUGUUGCGACGAAAAAGGACGAAGUUAGCCUGACGAAGGUGGCCAAGUUGGGCCAUUCGUCGGCGGUGGUGGUGGACCAGAAAAUUAGCGAUCUCCAGCAACACUUUAUUCAGCAGCAUCAGCAACAGCAGCAGCAGCAGCAGCAAGAGGCUCACCAGAAACUCCAUGCUCCUCCGGGGGGCGGUCAGACGGCGCCAUCGCAGUCACAGCAGCUUCAGAAGCAGCAACAACAGGAGCAACAGCAACAGGGUGGCGAUUCGGAUGAGAUUGGAAUGACGGAAAGCUUGACCCCGUUCGAGGUGCUGCGGCUGUACAUGGACAAGCUGACGCAGUACGAGCACCACGAGAUAUGCAACUAUCCGCGCAUCUACUUUAUCGGGGCGAACGCGAAAAAGCGCCGCGGGGCAAGCAACUCCGAUUACGACAACGAGCAGGGAUCGUACAUUCACAUCGCGCACGAUCACAUCGCGUACCGGUACGAGGUGCUGAAGAUCAUCGGCAAGGGCAGCUUCGGGCAGGUGGUGAAGGCGUACGAUCAUCGCAACUUUAAGCACGUGGCACUGAAAAUGAUCCGCAACGAGCAGCGCUUCCACCGGCAGGCCCAGGAGGAGAUCCGCAUCCUGAAGCACCUGCGGGCGCAGGAUCGCUACAACGCGAUGAACAUCAUCCACAUGUACGAUAGCUUCGUGUUCCGCAAUCACAUGUGCAUCACGUUCGAGCUGCUGUACAUCAAUCUGUACGAGCUGAUCAAGAAGAACAAGUUCAAGGGCUUCAGCAUGCAGCUGGUGCGCAAGUUUACGCACUCGCUGCUCAAGUGUCUCGAUGCGCUGUACAAAAACAAAAUCAUCCAUUGUGAUAUGAAGCCGGAGAACAUACUGCUGAAACAGCAAGGCCGCUCGGGGAUCAAGGUGAUCGAUUUCGGAUCGUCGUGCUUCGAGAACGAGCGCGUCUACACGUACAUUCAGUCACGGUUCUACCGGGCACCGGAGGUGAUCCUGGGUGCCAAGUACGACAUGGCGAUCGACAUGUGGUCGCUCGGGUGUAUCGUGGCCGAACUGUACACUGGUUCAGCGUUGCUUCCCGGCGAGGAUGAGUACGAUCAGAUGGCGUGCAUCAUCGAGCUGCUCGGUAUGCCGCCCCUGAAGCUGCUCGACAAUGCCCGGUCCGCGUCGCGCUACUUUUCGCACGAUCGCGAGGAUCGCAUGCCACACUACUGCUCGCUCCACUUCCGCUCGGAUGGGCGGGAAGAAAUACAGGGGAGCUACAGCAGGCGAGGGCGCUACCGGGGCGCACCGGGGACACGCGAUCUGGCCAAGGUGCUCAACUACUGCGAUGAGCUGUUUCUCGACUUUGUCAAACACUGCCUGCGGUGGGAUCCGAAGCGGCGUAUGACUCCCCAGGAAGCGCUCAGUCACAUUUGGUUCCACCGCGUUUUGCCGCAAUCACCGCAGGUGGUAAAGAUUGGUGGCACUGGCACUGCGGCGACGACGACGACGACGACGACGGCGAAUAAGACGACAACGACGGGUGUAGCGGCCGCAGCGGCAGCGGCAGCAGUAGCCGUUGCAUCCGGUGGCACUGGCUCAAUCAUUGCACCGGGAUCUUCCGGGAGGGGCGUUCCCGCCGGUAUGGUGCGUCCCGCUAACCGUAGUCCGUCGAGUGUGAGCAAUCAAAGCGUGGUGACGAUGACGGGUGGCUCGGCGAGCAGUUCGUCCACCAAUACGGCUUCGAUCGGUAAGCAUCAUCAUCAGGCGCAACACCUCGCUUCGUCUAUGGUUAGCGGAGGAGGCGGAUUGCUCGACGGGAGCGCGAUUGCUGCAGUGAUGGCCGGCGAGGGGGGCCCGGUGUCGGGCGGCAUUCCGAUGGGUUCCUAG